AUGGCACAGAGCAGCCCCCCGAGCGACUCGAGCGAGCCCGUCCUCGUCUCUCGCCCUGCCUCCCCACACCUCGUCGGAACCGACACCUCGACCACCGCCCCGACCUCUGGCCAGCCCGGCCUUUCGCCCGCCGUCGACUCGUCCUCCUCACCCGCAGCCGGCGGCGCCCCGUUCACGGCCAAGGCGUCCCACUUGUCGACCGCGUCGCCUGCGCCACCGGUCCGCGUCGUCAAGGACACGGCCUCGGAGACGGUCGCCGCUCCGACCCCGACCGCGGCCAACACGACGCACGGCCUCGGUCGCCCCGGCGAGGAGCAGCGCGCCCACCUCGAGGCGCCGGCCAAGGUCCUCGGCGGCGCAGAGGGCGUCGUCGGCGAGAGCUACGGCGUCCAGCCCGAGUGGAUCGUCAAGGUGCGCAAGGACCGCGCCGGCGCGGGCGCGGGCGCAGAUGGCGCGGCCGGCCAGGACGAGACGGUCGUGGGCCCGACGACCGACUCGAGGUCGCUCCCGGACGGCGCCGUCGGCAGCAUGACGCCCGUCGACGAGGACGACGACGAGGAGGCGGCCGGGCGCAGCGGGAGCGGCAAGCCCAAGUGGUUCAAGAAGGUCAAGGACGGCCUGUCGACGGCGGCGGCCAGCAUCAAGGACAAGGCGUCCGACGCCGGCUCGAUCACGUCGUCCAACGGCCGUGCAAGCGGCGGCGGCGGCAGCUCGAUCCUCGGUCGUGGGCGGGCGCGCUCGGUCGGGCAGCGCUCGACCGUCAGCUUCGACGAGGGCGUCACGGGCGGCGAGGACGACGACGAGGCGACCAAGGCGGCGGCGACCAAGAUCGUCACCGACCACGAGGGCAAGCCCGUCCCGCUCAACGUCGGCGCGAGCACCGAGGGCGCCACGCCGCCGAGCUCGUCGCCCGAGGGCGCCGUGCCCGCGCCGGCGCCGGUCGCAGGAAACGCGAGCGGCGUGAGCGCAACGACGAGCAUCAAGGACAAGAUCCUCGAGAGCUUUGAUGCCGAGCCGGCGACGACGCAGGAGAAGUUCCACUCGAUGUUCAACGAGCUUCCCGAGGACGAGGAGCUCAUCGAGGACUACCGCUGCGCCCUGCAGCGCGAGAUCCUCGUCCAGGGCAAGCUCUACGUCAGCGAGCACUUUCUCUCGUUCCGCGCCUCAAUCCUCGGCUGGGAGACGACGCUCAAGAUCCCGUGGACCGAGAUCGUGUCGAUCGAGAAGCGCUUCACGGCCAAGAUCAUUCCGAACGCCAUCGAGGUCCGCACGCUCCACGCGACGCACACGUUCUCGUCGUUCGUCGCCCGUGACGCCUCGUUCGCGCUCGUCGUCGCCGUCUGGAAGCACGUUCACCCCGAGGCCGACCAACUCGAAGCGGCGUCGCGCAAGGCCGCCAAGGCCGAGAAGCGCCGCCUGCGCGCCCUCAGCUCGGCCGCCGCGAGCACGCGCUCGGCUCCCGAGCUCACGAGCGACACGGACGGCGACUCGGACGCCAAGAGCGAGAUCACGUUCGAGGACGAGCACGGCCACAAGAAGCGCCACCGGUUCAAGCACACGCUCGCGGCGCUCAAGAUCGGCAAGCUCGGCGGCAGCUCGUCGGCGUCGACGUCGUCGGCAUCUGCGCCUGCCGGCGGGCCGACCGAGGCCGAGAAGGUCAAGGCGCAGGCCCAGGCGGGCUCGGGCGCGGGCGCGGGCGACGGCGCGCACGCCGCGACGUCGUACGACGGGCCCGAGUUCAAGAACGUCGCGCUCGACACGGUGCUCCCGACGAGCCCGGCCUUGGCGUACAAGCUCUUCUUCACCGACGCCGACUUCCUCAAGGCGUUCAUGGAGGGCAAGGAGGGCCUCAAGGAGGUCGACAUCGGCGCGUGGAAGCCGGCCAACGGCGCGUGCGAGGAGCGCGACCUCACCUACCUCAAGCCUCUCAACGCUCCUGUCGGGCCCAAGCAGACGCAUUGCCUCAUCCACGACCUCAACGAGCAGCGCGACGACGACUCGGUCAUUGUCAACCUGACGACCACCAAGACCCCCGACGUUCCCUCGGGCGACAACUUUGCGACUAUGACCCGUACGGCCUUCACGUGGGCCGAGGGCGGCGGCUGCCGGGUCCGGGUCACGACCGAGGUCGAGUGGACCAAGGUCAACCGGCUCCUGCGUGGCGUCAUCGAGCGCGGCGCCGUCGACGGCCAGGUCGGGUACCACAAGGACCUCGAGGCGGCCGUGCGCGAGCACAUUGCCGCCAACCCGGACGAGUACGCCGUCGCCGGGAGCGCCCCCGCCGCCGCACCGGCCUCGGGCGUCAAGAGCACCGACACGGCCACCGCCGAGCGCUCGUCGUCGUCGGCCGACAGCCGCAGUUUCCUCGACUCGGUCCUCGACCCGGAUCGCCUCGUCGUCGCGCUCCUCGUCGUCGUCGCCAUCCUCGCCUUCUCGAACCUGUUCACGCUCGUCUCGCUCCGCAAACACGCCGCGGCGGUGCGCGAGGCGCGCAUCGGGCACCCGGCCGAGGUCGCGAGCGCCGUCGAGCGGGUCCUUGGGCAGUUCAACGCGGCGCAUGCGCAGCGUGCGAGCGGGUCGGCUGGUCACGGUCCGAGCGGCGAGGUGGCGCAGCUCAAGGAGGCGCUGAGGGCGCUCGAGGGCCACAUCGAGGGCGUGCUGAGGGACGUUGGGAGGGCGGUGGGGACCGUGCGGGAGCUCGCCGACCGAGCCGAGGGCGUCAAGGGCAUGCUCUGAGCGGGACGAGGACGACCUUUCUAUGUGUACCACCAUCUCUUCUCGGUUUCACUCGUUCUCUCGCCUCUAUCUCUUACUGUAGCAUUAUGGGCUAGCACUGUCGCACUGCAGAUCGCAAUCCGUCUC